CGAGAGAUGAGCGAUCUACAAGCCACCCUCGAGUUCUCUCUCGAGCUCUGCAAGUUCUACAAUGUCGAUCUCUUUCAGCGAGGGUACUAUCAAAUUCGCACGGCCCUCAGGGUGUCGCCGAAGCUUCCGGUCAAGGUUGAAGUCAACCAGAUGCGCAACCACUCGUUGGAGGCUCCAGGGACGAGCAAGCGUUUCCAGAUCCUGUACCGCAACGAGGAGGUAACCCUGGGGACGUCGGUCCUGUUCCGGGCGCACGUCCUGGUGCACAGUCACAAGAUCGAGGAGGCCCUCUCGCGUACGCACUUCAACCUGGGGGUCGAGCUCUGGUUCAGCGAGCCCACGCAGCCGGGGAACAUGGCUUGCGUGUCGUCGAGAGCGCUGCAGCUCAACUUCACACCCACGAAGGGCCUUCACUAUCACUUGCCGGUGCUCUUCGAUUACUUCCACCUCGCCGCGGUAUCCAUCACCAUCCACGCCUGCCUGGUGGCUCUUCACCAGCCCUACAUCAAGAAGAGCAUCCUGCACUACGUACAGAGUUGCGCCCCACGAGGAGGGAAGCCUUGGCUGCAGGUGAAGCAGCCAUCGGCGAACGGAGAUAGCAGCGUCCUCUUCGGGAACAUCGAGAGCACGACGCGAUGCGUCGGCUCGGCGACGAGGAUGCAACACGCGAGAUUGGUCCAGCAAGAAGUGACGAGGCUACUUUUAGCAGCUCGCGAAUCGCUGCUGACCGAUUUGGCGGACCUGGCUCGACUUCUUCCCCCAUGGCAGCAAAGGGCCCUCGAACUUGCCCAGAACACUCACAAAGAAGUAACGAAGAUGAUCAACACCGAGGAGGCGGAUAUAGCUCAGCUGUGUGCCCAGAAUAUCGUCCUUUGGCAGCAUUUUUUGGAAGCCUUCUCCGGGCGCGAGGUCGUUCACCAGCACUUGGCUCGGAUACAUCACCAGCUUAGGGUGAAGAGGUUCGCGGAGGGCUUCUUCGUCCUGGAGAACCCCAGAUCCUCGGCAGCCGGGUGCUACGACGCCAACUAUCAAUCCUACCAAGCAGUCAGCGAAGCCGUAAGGAGAUCUCGCUACUUGGCGUCCCUGCCUCCGUUGCCGGUCCAUUGUCCAGAGCUGGACGGAGACCUCCACUCGUUGCCGCUGAUCUUCGAGGACCAAUACGCGAACAUGCAGCAGCGACACAGAAACAGCAUCCCCAGCAUGGACGACUGCAGCUGCGGGAUCUCGGCGAUCCUGGAGUCCCGGGCGAUGGGUGUCUGGUCCCCAAGGAGCGAAGGUGCCUGCCAGGACCUGGGAUCCAUCCAAGGCCGGCUGAUGUUGGCUCCCUCGGCGCUCCCGGCCAGACACAGCAAGUCCCUGGACCAGCUGGGCCCGGACCUGGUGCCUCUCCAGCCCAGGACUUCCCCGAAGACUCUGCCGAGGUCGGCGUCGACUCAGCUCUUUCCCAGGCAGAGAGGUGGAUCUCGUAACGUGACACCACCGGCCACUGUUCCUUCUAGAGGUCGCACGAGAUCGACAGUACCGUCCAGCUCCUCUCUAUUUCCUGGCACGGGUCAGCAAGCCUGCUCGGCACCGAACCCAUCCCUGAGCUCGACCCCCGUAGUCACCCUGCCCAGGGCCAAGUCUACGCAGAUGCUCGUGCCUCGGUCCUGUCGAGACCACGUCGAGCGCGAGUCGACGUCCAUCACGUCCCUGCUCGCUGCCAUGUUCCCCGAAUUGCCACCGAGCGGUCACUUCCCCGGCUACCGACCCUCCUCCAAGUCCCGCGAUCAGAGUCUGACAGUACCGUCGUGCUUGGACCUGGCUCAGUUGGCGGGUUGCUUGAAUUCCGAGAGCAGAGCUGCCAGUAUUCUGGCCGAAGGUACCCACUCUCUGGACACCAGGAGGAUCAGGCUGGAGCCUAGGAGCCACAGAUUGGCGCCUCGACAGCCACUCGCCCCGGCCAAGACCGACCAGACCAACUACCUUGGCAAGGGCACCGCCAACGGAGGAGGGUUCCCUGCUGACCAGCAAGUGCGACACACGGCCACCCUCGACAGGGCCACGUACAGGGCGAAUGCCAGGAAGUACGGCAAUCAGUCCGGCGGUAAGUAUCACACGAAUAGCCUGGAGUCCCGUCGAUUCCACACGACGGGGAGGACAUCGACCCAGGACCAAAGGAGCAGGGAGACCAAGGAACCGAACGGCACCCUGCCGGCGAACAGACACGCGCUGCUGCUGGACCCGUUCAAUAAGAGGUCCGGGGUCACCAUCGACUCCUUCCUCUACAGGACCAAUGGCACCAGCGGAAGGACCCAGGACAGCGAGGACAGGAUAGAAGUGGACGCUCCGAAGAGGCCGAAAAGUACCGACAGACUCUCUGAAGCGAGCGACAGGAAAGAUUGCUGCGAGUCUUACCGCGAUAGGAGAAGGGACGAGGACAGGCGGAGCAAAGCUUCCAAGAUAGAGAUCCCGGAUUACGGGGAUAAGUAUGGCAAGGCCCAUGGGGAGAAAAGGGCCAUGGAGGCGGAACCACUCUACGAGAUAAUCGCCCUUAAGGUCGAGGCGGAACAGAGAACCGAGAGGCGGAAGGGCAGGCACGGGAGGAGACCUCACUCGGCUCCAGCUAUGGAAGCUGAGAGGCCCAAGGAGGACGUCAAGAAGUGUGCCCAUCUGCCCAGGAAGCCGGCUCCUCCACCUCCGGCGUAUCAGGACCAGGGUUGGGACCCUGCCACGGCUCCGCUGCCCAAGGUUCGCCAUCCGCCACCGCCCAUGACCAACGUCCUCGAGGUGGAGAACAACAAUAAGAUAAUCCUCAAAGUCGAGCCCAUCAAAUCUCCCAUGGAGCCCUGUGCGACGACCAAUGGGGCAGCGACCAAUGGAGUGACUCCCGUCUCGGACACGUCAAGUGGAAUCGUUCCACCUCCUGGGGCGAAAAGGCUGAGGUGCGCCAGCGUACCAGUCGCCCAGAACAAGGUCGUGGUUCCUAGGAGUGCGGUGUCCUUGCCUUGCAUGCCCAUCCGCGACAGCAAAGACAGUCUCACCACCAAUUUGUCCAUCCUCCCGACCCCUCUGAGUCCACCAUCCUCCAGACCCAGCAGUCCAGCUACCAGCUCCAGCUCCAGCAACCUGACCUCCGAAUGCUCCGGCUGGGUAAGCAGUGGAGACACCUCCAGCUCGGAACAGCGGAAAGCGAAACUGUCCAGCGAGCAACUGCGGCAAAAGCUGUCUAAAAUCGUCCCCAAGAAGGAGAGGCCCGACAAGGAGAACCUCCUGGAGCACUCCUACGAGGAGGUUCGUCUACCUCCUCCGAAGAUGUUCCAGGACGAGCCGCCACCCCCUGAGGAGUUUCGAGACCCUCCCGCGCCCAUUGAUAACCCUCUCUACCACGUCUACGAGACCGUCAAGAGAACCAGGAGUCCGAAACGCAACAAAACUGCUCCUUGCAGUCCCCAGAGGAGCAAGGACCGCGACAAGGACAGGGAUAGCGCCUUCGGGGGCAGGGAUAUCUGCCUGGACUGCUACCAGGAGGGGAAGGAGUUGCUCCAGUCGACUCAGGACGAAGUGAUCAAUUUUAAAAAAUGCAAGGAGGAGUUCAAGCGUCAGCUCAGCUUCCCUGGGAAGAUUUACAGUGACUACCCGACGCUGGCCUCGACCUUGCCAUACUUCCACAUCAGUGACGAAUAUCGACUCUUCUCCCCGGAAGGUGCGCAUCUCAUUAUUUGCGUUCACGGCCUCGACGGAAACGCCGCGGACCUGCGCCUUGUCAAGACUUAUCUGGAGCUGGGGCUUCCGGGGGCUCACCUGGACUUCUUGAUGUCGGAGAGAAAUCAGGGUGACACCUUCUCCGACUUCGACACGAUGACCGACCGGCUGGUGGCGGAGAUCCUGCACCACAUCGAGACUUCCGGGCUGAAUCCGACCAAGGUCAGCUUCAUCGGACAUUCCUUGGGGACCAUCAUCAUCCGCAGCGCUUUGACGCGACCUCAGCUGCGUCCUCUUCUGCCUCGUCUGCACACGUUCCUCAGCCUCAGCGGGCCUCACCUGGGAACCCUCUACAAUACCAGCGGCUUGGUGAACGCCGGCAUGUGGUUCAUGCAGAAGUGGAAAAAGUCCGGGUCCCUACUGCAGCUCGCGAUGAAGGACUCGUCGGACGUCAGGAGGUCCUUCAUGUUCCGGCUCAGCCAGAAGAGCAACCUGCAGAAUUUCCGCCACGUCCUGCUUUGCGGCAGUGCCCAGGAUCGCUACGUACCUCUUCACUCGGCUCGCAUCGAGCUCUGCAAGGCCGCUGUGAGGGAUCUCUCGGACCAAGGUGCGGCAUAUCGAGAGAUGGUGAACAAUAUAUUGUACCCGGUGAUGUCAGCCUCAGGGGUGAGUCUGGUCAGGUACGACGUUCACCACGCCCUGCCGCCAACGGCGAACGCUCUGAUCGGCCGGGCCGCGCACAUCGCCGUCCUCGACUCCGAGCUCUUCAUCGAGAAGUUCCUUUUGGUGACAGGCCUCAAGUACUUUAGAUAAGGGACGUGAUUUCCCUCAGUCGGGACGAGUCGCCCCGGUGUGUGCCUCCGAUUCGAUUUCGACGGCUGGUCCGAUCGAGCCGGGAGAUCGCGCCUUGGAGAUGCCGAAGACGUCGGGCCCGGACCCGAAGAGGGGACCGGAGGCUCCGAAUUUCCGAAGACCCUCGCCUCGGAGACCGAACCCGCGACCUUGCAGAGGAAACCCGCUCAAUUCUCAACUAGUGUUGUCUACUUCGUUAAGUGAUCGCCCUGACCGAUUCGGAGCGACCGCGAUGUGGCGUCCGUAGGGUAGCGAGAAGAUCCUCCGGAGGCGCAGCAUCCUGGGUCCUUGGCGGAUGUCCUUGCGAUCCUUCGACUCAAGAGUGACCCCGAAGGGGACUCUUCCCCCAGGACUGGUCAACCCUCCGAUUUCCCGAUACUUUCUCGGAGAAAAGGAAGCUUCUCCCGAGGGGAAAAUCCUAUCCCGAUACAGAGGCAUCCGCGUUAUCGACAGUUCCUUUUAUCUGACUAGAUAACAUCAUAGGACAUCGUGAUAUCCUGUAAACCUGGCGAAAGGUCUCUCGAGGGUCUUCAAGAGGCUGUUAUAGUUAAUUAAGUAGUUGAAUUUCCUUUUCUUUUUUUUUUUAAUGAGAGAGAGAGAAACUCCCAGUUUUGGGUAGCGUCAUGGAUUUGAAUUGUGCCGGUUGUUCGGCAUCU